CCUCACAAAAGUAUCUAAAUUUGUCAUAUUACCAUUUUCGGUGGUUUGCGGUGGUUCUGCACCUGUGUUAAUAAUUAAGAGUUAUCUGAUACCGAAGCAAAAAUGUCACAAAUUUCAUCGCAAGAAUCACCGCAUAUGCAGCAAGUCGACCUUACGACUCUAUCUUUGCCACAACUAACGCAGUUAAAACAACAAUUAGACUCGGAAUUAAAUUUGUUUCAAGAGUCUCUGCAGUCGUUAAAAAUGGCUCAAAAUAAAUUCAAACGUUCCGGCGAGUGUUUAGGAAAGAUCACACCUGAAUGUGAAGGUAGAGAAAUACUAGUUCCUCUUACUGGCUCGAUGUAUGUACCUGGCAAGGUAGCCGACUCAAAACGCGUUAUCAUUGAUAUUGGCACAAGGUAUUAUGCAGAGAAAGAUAUCAAAGAUGCAUCUGACUACUUCACAAGGAAAGUAAAGUUUGUGACUGAACAAAUGGAGAAUAUUCAGGUCCUGGGAUUGGAAAAGAGCCGAAUUCGUGAUACCAUUAUUGAAGUUAUGGAAUUGAAGCUAUCACAAAUGCAGCAACAACAAGGCCAAGCAGGGCAGAGCUGAAGAAUGCAAAAUGAAUGAAUCAUCUCACCUACACAUGAACAAUAAAACUCAAUGCUUGUCACAUUUAUUUCUCAGUUUGCAUAUGCAUUUGUAAUAUUCAUUAGGUAUGUAUUAAGUUUUGACUUAAGCCAAAUAUUUUAAUUUUGUGUUAAGAAACAUUGCAAUCUAUUUCAAAAUAAAGCUGAUUGAAACUA